UUUAAAUCAAUUAAAUGUACUCUAGUAUAUAAUUAUUUUUAUUAGUGAAAUAAAACUUUGGAAACUGCUGAGUAAUCAUAAUUAUUAGUGAAUAUUAAAAGGUGGAUCUGUAGUAGCAGUGUAUAAAGCUACAAAUAGUUUUGAAGAGUCAGUAAAUAUGAGGGUUGGUAUUUUGAACAGUUUUAAACGGCAAUUUUCGACUUCAAGAUGCUUAUCAAGUGUAAAACCACAAAUUUGUAUUGUUGGUGCUGGGCCAGCAGGAUUCUAUGCAGCUCAGCAUAUUGUCAAGCAUAUUCCUGACGCGCAAGUUGAUAUUUAUGAAAGACUACCGGUGCCCUUCGGAUUAGUGAGAUUUGGUGUAGCACCUGAUCAUCCCGAAGUAAAAAAUGUGAUCCACACAUUUACGAAAACAGCUGAACAGAAAAACGUUCGAUUCCUUGGUAAUAUAAACUUGGGUACAGAUGUCUCAGUGAAAGAACUUCAAAAUGCGUAUCAUUCUGUACUCCUAACUUAUGGAGCUGAUGAAAAUCGACGAUUAAACAUUCCUGGUGAGAACCUAGACAAUGUCCUUUCAGCGAGGAAUGUCGUAGGAUGGUAUAAUGGCACUCCGUGGGAUAAGAAUUUAAAAAUUGAUUUAUCUGGAGAUACUGCAGCUAUUAUUGGGCAAGGCAAUGUUGCUAUGGAUGUUGCCAGAAUUUUACUUACACCAAUUGAUGAGCUUAAAAGUACGGAUAUAACUCAAUAUGCUUUGGAACAAAUUGCCGCGUCCAGAAUUAAAAUGGUUCACUUAAUUGGUCGCCGUGGACCGCUUCAAGCCGCUUUUACCAUUAAAGAACUGCGUGAAAUGUUGAAACUAAAUGGACUUAACACAAGUUUCAACCGAGAUGAUUUCUUUGGUAUUGAUAAACUUGUCCAUUCAUUGCCAAGGCCGAAAAAACGUAUCACUGAACUAAUGCUAAACUCAAUAGAUGUGAAAAAACCCGGCGCUACGAAAGACUUUGUAUUAAACUUUCUUCGGUCUCCAGUUGAGUUUCUGCCCAAGGCGGGACAAUCCGAACGUUCGCAAGUCGGGUGUGUGAAACUUGCUAUUAACAUACUACGCGGUGAAGAUUAUACCAAAGAAGUGGCCAUAGCGACAUCGCAAAUUGAGACUUUGGAUUGCGAUCUGGCAAUUACAAGCAUUGGCUACAAAUCUGUACAAGCCGACAAUGAAAUACCAUUUGAUCAGAAGAAGGGUGUUGUCAUUAAUUCAAAUUAUAAAGUUGUUGAUAAUUUCUAUGCUUCGGGAUGGUUGGCUACUGGUCCAACGGGAGUAAUAUUAACAACAAUGAGCAAUGCAUUUGCUACAGCAGAUGUGAUGACGAAAGAAAUUAAUAGUGCAAUUGAUAAGUUACCUUUGAAGCCAGGUUUUGAAGUGAUUGAGCAUGCAUUAAAAGCGAGGAAUGUUCAAAUGGUUACAUGGAAAGAUUGGGAGAAGAUAGAUGAGUAUGAACAGCAAGAAGGCAAGAAAGUUGGAAAACCCAGGGAGAAGAUUGUUGAUAUUCAGGAGAUGUUAAAAAUUGCUGCAUAAAUAUAUAUUUUUUAUGAUUAAA